UAUAGUCCCUGAUAGGCGUCCUGCAGCCAAUCUUUAAAAGUUGUUGUUGCUAUUGGCUCAUUUCGUCACGAGGCGCAGUCAUUGCCUUUUUUUUCCCUCCUUCCCUUACACCCUUUGGCCGGCGUUUCCGCCAUGAACAUCAAGUUUAUGAUUGACUCUUGGUCCCUCGUAACCCGUAGUUGAUGUGCACCGCUAGGUCGCACGCGCAAGCGGGAAGCAAGUCUGCGCGCGAGAGACUGAAAAAAAGUUGAAAGUGAGUGUGAGUUGUGAAUAAGAGGGAGCUGGUGAGGUGGAAAGCGGCUCAGCCUUAGGUCAGUCCAGCCCGCUUGUUGCGGCACAGGCGCCGGUCUCGUAUAUAUAUCACAUAUGUACGACCCAGGCCUAGGCCUAUAAUAAUAAGAAGGGGACAAACAAGAUUAGGAAGAUACAAAAUAAACAGACCCGGGACCCAACUUGGAUUUUGGCGCAAAAGGCGCGAGAGGGGAGGAAAUUAUGGCCGCCGACUCGUUGGAGCCUCGACUCGACCGUCGCGGCUCCCUGCUCGAUGUUCGGGAAGCUCAAGUCACACCCGGCUUCGACCCGUCUUUAGACCCCACGAUUAGACAGCUAUUCGAGCAGCAAGCUGAAAUCCAGGCGAAGCUAGCCGCCUUACUUCCGGCCAAGUAUCUUCCAAACAGUAAACUUGAGCUGGACAUGCUUCGUCGGAAGCUUAGAGCAUUGGAGGCCUACGUUAAGAGUCAAAAUCUGCCUGGGACCGUUCCCAUAUUAUCUGACAUCGAGGAAGCCCGCGCCCUGCAGUAUAAAUGCGAGUGCAUCGAGAGUUUCUUAAUAGAUCAAGGGCUGGAUCUUCAUGAUGCGCAGUUUCUGCAUGCCUUGAAGCUUUUCGUUCAAGAUGAUUCGCCACCCGGCUACGGGACCUGGCUGGAUAAGAACAUCUCAUUUUAUGACCCUAUCUUCCGGGGAUGGAGGAUGAGAGAGACUAUACCUCUCAUAUCAAGACGCCAGGCAUCCUUCAAGUGUUGGGAUGAUCGAUGCUUGUAUUAUAUAUAUGGGUUUUCUAAUUCCGAAGAACGGGACGAACAUCUCAAACAGCAUGCUAUUUCUCCGAAGAGGGAUUCGGGUCUAUCGGUUGGCACCAUACCUCCCAUCGUCUUCCCGGACCAGUCGUCGUCACGAUUAUUUAAUACCGAUCAUAUAAAUCGGAACUCACCGACGACGUUACCACGGCUUUCUGUUCCUCCUUCGCUACCCCCGCUAGCGACUGCUAACCAACCCAGAGAUCGGCGUGAGUCGACAAUUGGCUAUUCCUUUGCGAACGAGCUACCACCUCCUCAACCUAGAGGUUCCGUAGACUCUGAACCAGAUUCCUUGUUGCCACCCUUAAAACGAAGUAGAGUCGGACACGGAAGACUCGAAUCCAUUGGUGAGCUGAGGCUUCCACGUGAUGCAGGGCCAUGUCUCCGUUGUAAGGUAUAUGCCAAGCCUUGCGAUUCGAAGGAUGACUGUGUAUUUUGUUGCGAACCUGCUGGCUCCGCCGGCGAGGAGUUUUGGAGUGUUCUCGGGUGCCUUCGUGGCUCCUUGGUCUCGCUAGGUGAUUACAUGUUACCAGAAGCUCUUUCCCCGAGACAGGUGCACACGCCUGUCACGUCACCUCUAGCAAGACGUCGAAACAUGAAUGAUUAUCUCGAACGGACCUAUCUUGUAAGCCAGGGCAUGUCGGAUAUGGUAUUGUCGCAUAUGGACUUCGAUGAUGGAUUCUGGUGGACCGAAGAUUUGGCAUCGUUACCAAUGCCUAAUCCCACUCUAGCAACCUAUUCUAAAGAGCCUACGGAUAAGCCGCCGCCUGUCUUAAAAGUAUUAGCAGCGAGUUGGAACGCGGAGGGCGUCCCUUUCCAAUUUUGGGAACUGUUCAGACUAACAGGUUACAUGUCGGAGAGCCGAGAAUUUGAGGCAAUGACUUACCCUGUGCUUUAUCGUGCAAAGUUACUCUUAAGAGAGAUUCUAUUCUAUGACUUACAACAGCCCGAACCGUCGAUACGAACCGAAGUCAAUUUAACUAAUGUAACGAACGCCCAAAACUCCCUGGACGAUAUAGACUACGAAGGACGAAAUCGACUGAUAUACAACUGCAUGGUUCAAUUUUUGCAGUCCUUCGAGAGCGCGACUAUGCGAAGAGUUAUAUCAGAUCCUAAGAGUUGGCUAGCCGUUUUCGUUUCGCUUUGCAUUUUCAGCAUCGUUAGGACGAUUCUGGCGGACUUGAUUUCUACCCCGUCACGGGCUAUACCUACGCACUCGCAGUCAGGGUUUCCUAUGCCCGCGGGCGCAACCGCUAUGCACGGCGUCUACAAGGCGCUGGUAAGUGUAUUUGCUUGGUCUGCGCCGAUGAUACUGGACGACCCAGCUCUCGAAUUAGACGGGAACGAUCGCGUGUUGUUUGCCACGACCGUUGCGGCCGUUCGAAAGGACGACUGGCUUGCUUUAGGUAUUCGAUCUUCCAGAGACUUUCUCAUGGGACUUGGGAGCGGUUACCUGGAUGGUAGCGCUGGUGGCAGUGCCGGGUUUAAUGGCUUCUUUAGACAACGGACACCAAUUUACCGACAUGUGUCGUAUCAGCAGCCUUCCGUUGGUCAAGCUGGCGAGGCUCGGAAGUCGGUUAUUCAGUGGCGUCCGAUCGAUCCCUGGGCAGCUAGAAAUGAGCAGGAAAUGCUACCUACGACGUAUCCAAUAGAGAAUCAUGAGCCUGGAAGGAGGCAUACAGUAGGGGAGAACCCGGUAUUUACUCGAGCAAUUGCUAGGGGUCUCAGCUCCCCUUCAAAACUUAGAACUUCUUACCAGCGACCGCCGCUUCGGCGUGUGUUCUGUACUAAGUGUCACGAAUACCCCGAAGGUUUCCGCGGCGAACACGAACUUCGAAGGCACAACGACGCUAAGCACGCGUCAUUAGUGAAAAGAUGGGUCUGUACGGAGCCGCAGACCGCGGGUUCUCAUAACUCUCCACAACCUGUUAUACCACUUUCGAAGUGCAAGGCUUGUGUCACGCAGAAGCGGUAUGGGGCUUAUUAUAAUGCAGCUGCUCACUUACGGCGGGCGCACUUCCACCCGCACAGGAGCGGCAAGGCUAGCGGUGAUUGGCCGCCGAUGACUGUCUUAAAAGAUUGGAUGCGAGAAGUACGACAGUCAAUCGACGUGAACGAAAACGACACAUCUAGCGGGGAAGAAGACAACGACGUUAGAAUGAUCGAGGAGUACGCAUUACCUCGACAAUCUUCUUUCUUAGAAGCCCCCCGACUUGCGCCCGCGCCGCCUCAGGGGCCAUUAUUGGCUCCGUCGAUAGCCCCGUCACUGGAUAGCACAGCACACAGCAGUCCUAUCAUACCAAAGGCCGAGGACAACAGAAAUCGGUGCCCCCACCCGGAUUGUGGUCGAGUGUUCAAAGAUCUAGCAGCGCAUAUGCUGACGCAUCAGGAGGAGCGACCUGAGAAAUGCCCGAUAGAGAGUUGCGAGUACCAUACAAAAGGGUUUGCACGAAAGUAUGACAAAAAUAGGCACGCUUUGACACACUACAAGGGGACCAUGGUUUGCCCUUUCUGUCCGGGGCCGGGGACGGCUUACGAGAAGGCCUUCAAUAGGGCCGACGUCUUUAAACGGCACUUGACGGCCGUACAUAAUGUCGAGCAGACUCCUCCUAACAGCCGGAAGAUGAUUAUCACGGGUAACAGUUCUCGGAACGGUGGCGAUGCCAAGUGUUCUAUUUGCCAGACGCGAUUCUCAACUGCACAGGAAUUCUACGAGCAUCUAGACGAUUGCGUUUUAAAUGUGAUCGUCCCGACGACGCCAAAGGCGCUAAAGGACCGGGUCUCGACGCCCCAGAAGAGUGACGAUAGGAGUAUCAUCGUGGCUAUGGAGGAUUCUGACGAAAAGGGCAAAAGUGAAGGGAAGGGAUCUGCUGACGUCUCCCCGGGUAGAGUGAUAGAGGCAACGCGAGGGGACAAGAUGGAGGUGGAUUCGGACAGGGAUUAAGGAAUAUGGGAAUUACGUCCUGUAUAUGCGAGGCAACGGAAGAAAAGCGGAGGAGUUUGGAAGAUAUCAUUAUUGAUGAAUCGCUACUUACGAGGCCGUUAUAUUUCGUGUAUACAAACAAGCUUGGAAUGAAUAUCAGGACGUGAGACGAUCGAUACACCGUACAUAGGUACCUAAGGUAGUUUAUUAAUGGCCUACACAAUUGCGUUACAUCUCUUUUCUUUUUCUCCUGUUGGAUGGGGGCGAAA